AUGCUGCGUUUUUUCCCCACCCUGGCCACCACUGCCCGGGCCCGCGGACACUUCCUCGGCAGCCCGAUGCCAUCCCCCGCCGCGGCUCGUGCCUCGGCGAGCGCGCCCACCGCCGGCAGCCCUGCACCGGAAGUCAAUGUAGCCCGCGUCUCCGUCUCGGGUCCGACCCGGACCAGCCGCUGGGGCCCUGCCGAAACCUCAGGCGCCAGGUGGAGCCCAAAGGCUGACAAGGCCGCGAGCCCCAGCGAAGGUGCGACUCCUGAUGAGGCCGUGGGGUCGCGCAAGGGGGUAACUGCUGACACACCGGCGGCCGCUCCCGUGGCCAUGGCUCCAGUUCCAGCUCCAGCGUCAUCACCCAGCCUGGUCAUCACCGUCCCGAGCGCGAGCCCCAGCACAGCCUCGGUGAAGGGUCCGGCUGCGGACCCGACAGCACACUGA